AUGCAAACGGCACCGAAUGUUGAUAAAGUAACAGUGGAAGUUGUUGGGACCCUCAUUUUCACCGUAACACUACAAAAACAACCGCUCCAGAAACUCUCUUUUAGGUUUCCAUUUCUGUCUACACACUUCCAAUUUCCAAUUCCAACCAUCUGUUUCUCGAUUCAGGCAAGUUUUUUGCGUCCUAAUCUAGACAUGGAAGACAAAUCAACUCUCUCCCUGAAGAUCAAGACUGAAGAUGAAGAAGAAGGCGACGUGAAGGAAGAUAAGACUGAGUUAGAAGUAGAACUGAAGGUUAAAAACAAAUCAGUAGAGAAAAAGAAAAAACAUAAGGAUGAUAAGAAAGCAGAUGAUUCGGAAGAUAUUGGCGAAGACGGUGGUGAGAAGAAACUAGGUGAUAAGGUGGAAAAGAAUAAGAAGAAAAAGGAAAAGAAAGAAAAAGAGGAAAAAAGUGGCACAAAGACGCACAAAGAGAAAGACGGCAAGGAUGGGGAGGAGAAUUCGGAAAAGAAAGAAAAGCUCGAAGACGGCAAGGAUGGGGAGGAGAAUUCGGAAAAGAAAGAAAAGCUCGAAGUGGUUUCACAGGAUAAAAAGGGAAAAGACAAUGAAGACGAUGGUGGUAACAAGGAGAAAAAUAAGGAAGAGAAGAAGAAGAAACAGGACAAGGAUAAAGAAAAUGAAACAAAGAAGAACAAGGGGAAAGAAGAUGAAGGAGUGGAUAGUGAAGAGAAGAAGGAAAAGAGCAAAAAGAAAGAGGAGGAGAAAAAGCACAAGGGUGAAGAUGCGGAAGAAUGGAAGGGAAAGGGAGAAGAGGAUGGUGGUGAAGAGAAUAAGAAGAAAAAGGAUAAGAAAGAAAAAGAGAAGGACAAGAAUGAGAAGAAAAAGAGCAAGGAUGAAGAUGCGGAGAAACGAAAGGGAAAGGAAUCGAAGAACAAGGAUGAGAAAAUCAAGUCUGAGAAAGACUCUGAAAAAACUGAUGAAGGAAAAGAGAAAAAGGAUAAAAAGAAAAAAGAAAAGAAAGACAAAUAUGAGGAAGAAAAGGGUGAAGUUGCUUCAAGGGAGUUGGUUGAACAAAAGAUUGAGAUGAAAGAGAAAGAUGAGGAAAAAGAUGAUGAGAAGGAAGGGAAAGAGAAGAAGAAAAAAGAAGAGAAAGAUAAAGGCGGUAAGAAGAGAAAGUUAACUGGUAAGGACAAACCCAAGGAUGUCAGCAAGCUGAAGCAAAAGCUCGAAAAGAUCAAUGGAAAAAUAGAAGCACUUCUUGAAGAAAAGACAAACAUAGAAAAACAAAUAAAAGAAGCUGAAGGUGAAGGUAAUGUAAUCAUUGAGAAGGUCGAGUAG